AAAAUUAAUUUAUCUGUUUUCGAUUAUCACAAAGCAUAUUAGAAUUUGGCAUUACCCAAUUUCUCUUCAUCAUGUUCGUCAAGAAACUCGUGGAGAAGGCAUCUAAUAAGAAGGUUGGUGGAAAUUCAUCAGAUGGAUUAAAAUCUAGAGAUGUAGAUCCACGGCUGAUAUUCCAUCAUGGUGUACCAUCAGGUGCUACCAACUUUACCUAUCACAAUAUCAACAACAUAUUGGCUCUUUCCACCAAUGAUGGGAGGAUUAAAUUAUUUGGUAAAGAUAAUGCUCAAGUCCUACUUGAAUCAAAUAAGCCAGUGUGUACCAAAUUCUUACAGUUCAUUCAGAAUCAAGGCAUACUUAUAAAUGUCACUUCAAAUAACCAUAUUGAGGUAAGUAUACUUAACAAAAACACGAAUAUCCCGGAAACAUUUUGGACACUGACAUUGACUCAAGGUGUCAGUGUUUCAAAACUUAUACGUAAAGAUUUUUACUAUAUGAUAAGAGUUUAUGCUAUAAGUGUUUGGGACAUAGACAAGAAAUUGUUGUGUGAUUUGUACAUUAUUAAAGAAGAAAUCACUUCUUUUGCAAUCAUUCAGCACAGCCUCUACAUGUACAUUGGAGUUUCUAGUGGUAAUGUUUCAGUUUUGAAGCUUGAUCAAAAUUGGCAUGUGGUAAAGAUGAACUACUUCAUACCCCUUUCAGCUUCUAUUGGGAAUUCAAAUGAAGUAUUCGAUGAUAUCGCUGUGACGCACAUAUUGCCUCAACCAGCAGCUGAAAGUAAAAGAGUUCUCGUAAUCUUUAGAAACGGCCAAAUAAUACUAUGGGAUAUUCAAGAGAGCAGAUGCAUUUUCAGAACUGGCGGAAACGUGUCGCAGUCACUGCAUAAUGAAACAAAGAAAGUGUCAUGUGCGUGUUGGGUGUGUCCUUAUGGAAGCAAAGUGGUUGUAGGGUACAACAAUGGAGAUCUCUUCAUUUGGAGCAUUCCUUCUCUAACCACAGGAAAUGGCUCAGCUUCUGGUUUUAGCAGCAAAAACACUCCUAUGUUCAAAUUCAACUUGGGAUAUAAAUCAGAUAAAACUUGUAUAGAAUCAGUAAAAUGGAUAUAUACCGAAGGAAAGUCUAGUAGAUUAUAUGUCAUGGGAGCUUCUAACUCGAUGCAGGUAGUGUUGUUGAAUGAACAUACCGAAACUCGCACGACUAAGUUAGGACUUAAUUUGUCCGAAUACUGUGUUAACAUGGAGAUUAUAUCAUCCUCAAAUGAGCAAAGCAAGCAUAAACAAAAUUCAUUGAUUUUGCUUGGGAAAUCAGGACAUGUAUAUAUGUAUGAUGAUAGCUUGAUUGAAAGGUAUCUAUUGCAAUGGCAAUCAAAGUCCACUCCCUCACUGCCAAAGGAGGUUAUGGUGAGGUUACCACUUUCUGAUUCAAGCAUCACCAUAGCUAAAUUCAUCUCCAACGCUACCAAUGUGUUCUAUUCUGAAGACGAGUAUUACAGUCAGAUGCUGAGAAAUUAUCCACAGCUUUUUUCCAUUGAAACAAAUCACAGAGAGGGGAUUAACCUGAGUUCUGCCAACUUCUCUGGAUUUUCAAACAUUAAAAACUUGUACAUAACUGGACACAAAAAUGGAGCUAUAACUUUUUGGGAUGCAUCAUGUCCCUUGUUCAUUCCAGUUUUGCAAUUAAACCAGCAGAGCGAAAAUGACCAUUCUUUAAGUGGCGUACCCUUGACAGAAUUAUAUUUUGACAUCGACUCUCUUCUCCUUAUUUCUGGUGAUCAGAGCGGACUGGUUCGUAUAUUCAGAUUCAAACCUGAACCCUACACCUCCAACGGCUUCAUGUCCCUUACAGGAAAUACAAAAAAAGGGUUUGAUCAUGUAGUCAAGAGUAUGAAACAUGUAAAAACUAUUGGUGCUGUAAUUUGUAUGACUAUAGAUCAUAGCUCAAGGCAUCUUGCUGUUGGUUCUGAUCAAGGAAAUGUUUCGGUUAUUAACAUGGAUGGUCCAUCUCUGUUGUUUCAGAAACAUAUUUCAAGCGAAAUUUCUACUGGUAUCAUCUCUCUGCAGUUCAUAGCCUGCAGGUUGUACGAUUUCGAGAAAAACAUCUUAGCAGUCGGAACAAAGGACUCGUCAGUUUUUGCACUGGAUAGCGAAACUGGAAACAUGAUGAGCACUGGAUCUGUUCAUCCUAAGAAGCCAUCUAAAGCUCUAUUUAUGAAGGUGUUAGAUGGACAGUGUGAACCAAUUACAAGAUCAAUUAGAAAAGAUAGCUUUGAUUUGAGAGAAGGGAAUCAUAUUGAGGAUGCAACAACAAAGAAAACUUUGCUGUGUUCUGAGAAGGCUUUAUAUAUCUAUUCAUUCGAGCAUGCUCUACAGGGAAUCAAAAAGGUGGUUUACAAAAAGAAGUUCUCUUCUUCCUGUUGUUGGGCAUCGGCUUUUUACGGCGCCUCUGAUAUUGGUCUCGUACUACUUUUCACCACUGGAAAAGUAGAAUUAAGAUCUUUACCAGACUUAUCUUUGAUAGUGAAGACUUCAAUUAGAGGCUUCACUUAUUCACCUCCGAAGUUUAAGUCAUUUUCUGACAAACAGAUAUGUUGUUCAUCCAGAGGAGACAUUGUUCUGGUGAAUGGUGACCAGGAAACUUUUGUUGUCUCGUUGUUGGUCCAAAGGAAUAUUUUCAGGCUUUUGGACUCUGUUGGCUGCAUUGGGAAGGAAAGGAUGGUAUCACAAAAGGAGCUUGUUCCUAACCUAGUCAUACAUAAGGAAAACAAGGGCAUAUUCAACUCGAUUAUCAAAGAUUUUACUGGCGGCAAAGAAAAGUAUAUGCCCUUCAUGGAAAAAGAAGAUCCUAAAGAAAGUCUCCAGGAACUCUCUGCAAUAUUUUCACAUGCAAAUUUUCCGCUGGAAGCCAACAAUAGUGUGGAUGAAAAUAAGCUAGAAUCAAGCUUAGAUGACAUGGAUCUUGAGAACCAUAGAGAAAUACGCAAAGAACAAAGCAUAUUAGGAGCUCUUAAUAAGAAGAAAUUGGCUGGCAAAUUUCAGGCUUUGAAAGGAAAAGUGAGAGAGAUGAAGGGCGACAACCAAAAAGCAUCAGAUAAGGAAGAGCAACCAGAUAAGAAAAUUGGUGCAGUCAGUCAAAUUAAGAAAAAAUAUGGAUUUUCUUCUUCGUCCAAUGAAACAAGCGUCGCUAAAUCUGCAGAGAGCAAGCUCCAGGAAAACACAAGGAAAUUACAGGGUAUUGAGCUACGUACUGCAGAGAUACAAAAUAAGGCAAAAUCAUUUUUAUCGAUGGCAAAACAGGUGCUGCGAAACGCUGAACAGGAUAAACAAAGUUGAUAAGACCAGUUAGGUACUAAGAGUAAAGAAGCUUGACCAUCGCACUUAAUGCUCCCUGAAGUACAUAUGAAACAGCAAUUGCUCCAACUUUAUGCUAUACAUUUUAUUGAUAAAGACACACAACUGAUUCAAGGACGUAAACAAGUCAUUUUCCAUGGAAUUUGUAAAUCAAAGUAUCAUAAGCUUAUGUUUAUAUUUCUCUCCACCUUCUGUCUCUUUGGAGAGAAUUAUUUUGGUAGAAUUAUUUGCACCUAGGAAUAUUUACAUACACACACAAUCGCAAAUUAAAAUGUCAACUCUUAAAAAUGGGACAAAGUUAAAAUGCGACGUCCAAAUUGCAUUGAGAUUUUC